AUGGUCAUACCGGCCAUGGACAUUAUCGACGAGAACCUCACUGACAAGUCCCUUGAGGGCUGCUACAAGCCCUGUAUCCAUGCUGCGAUUGGCCUUGUGAAGAAGACACUCAACCAGUACUACGACAAGACCGAUCACUCGAAUGUGUACCAGAUCACAAUGGUGUUGCAUCCCACACACAAACUCACAUAUUUCUGA